AUCAAAGUCGUCUUAGAUAAACUAUUUGAUAUGCAGCAGAAGGGAAGAGUGGAGUAAAUGUUGGGAGCUUGGCUGGCUAUGCUUCUUUAUACUAAUAAAUGAAUAAAGUGAUCUCCUCUGCCUGUUGAAAAGAAAGAUAGAGAGAGCUGAAGAUAAUGGCUCAUGUUACUGACACUAAAAGGGAACACAAGAACUGUGAAGAUCUUGAUCUUAUCACUUCAGCUAGUGAUGCGGUUAGUGGAUUGGUGGAUUCCAUUCAGAAAGAACUUACAGAGCUGCCUUCCUUUCCAUCCAAUUGCAGCAUAUACCGAGUACCCAAGCAGCUGCGCAAAAUAAAGCCUAAAGCCUACACUCCUCGCAUGGUCUCCAUAGGCCCUUUUCACCGCUACAAGAAACACUUAAAGCCCAUGGAAGCACAUAAGUUGCGGUAUCUAAAUGAUCUUCUAAGCCGGAAAUCUCCACCAAACUUGUGUGAUUAUGUCAAGGCUAUGAAGAAACUGGAAUACAGAGCUCGGCAAUGUUACUCAGAAAUCAUCCAACUCAAAUCUGAAGACGAAUUUGUGAAAAUGAUGCUAGUUGAUGGUUGCUUCAUACUUGAACUCAUCCUUAGGACUAAUAAUCCACAUGAGCCCAGACGCCGUGAUGAUCCAAUAUUGAAUGCAACAUGGAUGUCUCAGGUUAUAAAGUGUGACUUGAUUCUAUUAGAAAAUCAACUUCCCUUCUUUGUUCUUGAGAGUCUAUAUAAACGAUUCACCGGGAAUUCUAAUUCUAAUGGACUUGAUACACUCAUCUCCCGUUUCUUCCAAGAUUUUGUGCCACAACCCCAAAGCAAUACUCCUGAAAGUUCUCAAUUUCGACGCAUUUCUGAAGGAGCAAAGAAUGCCUUUAUCUCUUUGAAAAGGAGUUUGUCAGUGAAAAAAGAUCAAGUAGAGGUUAACGAACCAUUACUCAAACCGGCCUCCACAAUCAAAGAUAAAGAAACUCCAGAAGCGGAAGAAUCCGAAGAAGAGAACUCCCAAGCAAAGCAUUUGCUUGAUUUUGUACGAGGUUUACUACUCCAAUCAUUCUCAGAGAAGUCGGAGAAUCGUGGAAAAUUUGCCCUCACCCGUAGCGCAACGCAGCUCAAUGAGGCCAGCGUCGAGUUUGUGAAGGUACCCAAGACGUGUUUGUUGAACAUAACAUUCAGCAAUGGAGCUUUGAUAAUUCCAACCAUGAGAAUUGAGGACUGGACGGAGCCUCUGCUUCGAAACCUCAUCGCCUUUGAGCAGUCUCAUGAUGCCUAUCCUCAUGAGAUCACAGACUAUGCUGCCUUCAUCGAUGGCCUCAUCAACUCUCGAAAGGAUGUUGAGUUGCUACAAAAGAAGGGAAUUAUUGAGAGCUUGCUUGGUGAACCAGAAGAGGUGGCUGCCUUAUUUAACAGUCUUCUGAAAGAGGUUUCUCCUACCGUAGUGGAUGGUAAUUAUUACUUCUCCAGUGUUUGCCAUGAACUGGAGGAACAUUACAAGAUCCCAAGGCACAAAUGGAAGGCAAGUUUGAUGCACAACUAUUGUAACACUCCAUGGGCAUUCAUCUCAUUCCUCGCUGCAUUAUUUCUCCUCAUCUUGACGGUGGUACAGACCAUUUUUACCAUCCUACAAGUCACAUUAUCAAGUCAGUCAUAUCAGUGAUAAUGAAGUAUUCAUGUAUGUAUGUAUGUAUAUAUUUAUUAGUAGUUCCUAGAUAGUGUUUUGGUAAUACUUUAUGACCAUCUUUCUUUUAAGAGGAAAUGUAAUAAUACCGUCUCAUAAAUAAUUCAUAGUACUGUUUCAA